AUGGGACUACUGGCAGUGGAUGAUACGAUAAACUUUGCGGCCCCGCUUCAUCGGACGCGCCGGCUAUUUGUGGCUACGAUGGCUCUCUGCAAGCUUUCUUUCUCGGCCGUCUUUCUCGCCUUCGUUGUUAUGAACGGCUUAGCGCGGCAAGUUCAGCUCGGCACGACUAACCUGAUGAGCAACAAAUGGACCACUGUACGGUUCAAUGAACCAAUGCUAAAGCCACUCGUUUUCGCUUCCCCUCCGACACUCACAGCGAACAACUUCGCUAUGGUCCUAAUAGGAUCAGUAAACAAAUCAAGUUUUGAGGCCCGUGUGUACUUCCCAAGGUGUGCGAGGCUGACAACCAGCAGCAGUGAAUCUUACCCCGUACAUUGGCUGGCGGUGGAAGCGACCGAAACCGGAUACUACGAUUACUCUACCAGGCAACAUGUGGAAUGGACGGCACGCGAAUACGUGAUUUCCACAGCAGGUGGCUUUGCAGCAGGCGAUUUGUUGUCAGCCCUUUUCUCCGCCUGGCAGGCUCAUUGGGGAAUUCCGAGCGUCGUUCUCGCCGUGCAAAACCAGCGGGAGAUGAUGCAAGAAUUUUACUCGGAGAAGGAGUAUGCCAAUCCCGUGGUCGUCCAUGGACAUAAUGGUGGAAUCCUAACAUUUUCGUUUUCCCGUCAGAUUAGUUAUCGAGCGUAUUUUUCCGUGAAGGUCGGCAUUUUUCUGUAUGUUCCUUCGCCUCACGCAGCUAUAAGUGGGGUGAACAUUCGGGCGCGGCGAUACGACUGGAAGGAGAAUGAGGCAGCUCCGCUGCCCGAGUUGGUUAUGGAUGGCUCUCAACCGUCACCAUUUGUUGCGCAGUGGGCGACCCGGUCAGAGACGCCGCUGGGCGUUCUACUGACGCAAGAGCGGCUUGCCGAUGGCACGAAUCCGGUGUCGUUGGUCGCAGUGCACGACUGCAGAAACACAGCAUCCCGCGAAGCUCAUGAGUUUGAGGUCACGUAUGCUUUUACUGCUGAGCAUGUCAACGGUGGGCCGAAUUGUUUCUGGCCGUCUGCUAAAGUUCCUCCUCUUCUUACUGAGCCAUGCAAGCUGGCAUGCCAUGCCCUCUGGUCUCUCUACGAGAGAAGUGUUUGGGCGUGCCAAGACGUCAAUGCAUGUUUCGAGCAUGCGCUGCGGUCCAUCAAGACCGUGGAAGCUGUUAGAGAAGUCGAUCCAAGCAUAGCAGGUCAUAUUGCGACGACGUGUGACUUCGAGAUACGAGAUGCAGUCAUAAUGGAGCAAUACCAGUAUCACGUGAAGCUAAGCGCGGAUGAUGUAGCUGCUGGCACCGUUUGGAGUUCGUCGUCACAGUGCUCGGGCGACAAGUCAAAAGUCGGGAUUGUCGGUGCUUUCUACGCGAAACACGAUGUAUCCCUCAUGACAGGGUCAUAUUGCGAAGUCCAGGAUGUUGCCCAUGAGAUUAGACAGAUCUGUCAAGGACAACAGGGAAGUGGGUGCUCGUUGGGAGAGCCCCAAGUGACAGCUUUGUCCGUGCUUUUCACGAAUCUCUGCUUUAAACCAAGUGAAGCAGAACUGCACCUCUUCUUCAGCUGCGACUAUGAUACAAUGGCACGGUUUGAAUGCAAGCUCUACAAGUCCCAGCGCUACAAUCCGGAGAGCGGCACGUGCAGUUGCCCGAGUGACAUGACCGCGUGCUCUCUCGACGAGGCCAAGGCGAGGGAUAGUUGGUUUCAUAACUUGAGUCCAUCGCAUCGUUAUAUCCUGAGCGGCCAGAUCCGGCUUGAUCCAGUGGAGAAGGUCUUCCAAGCUUACAAUGCAGUUGAUUACGCGUCGAAUGUGGCGGGAAAGGACUUGUGCACUAUGUCGAACACUGUUUCAGUAUGCAAGAACCUCCGGCCCUACACGGCAACGCAUCUCAACAUGGGAGCUGACUGCUAUAAAGAAUCUUCGAAGUCUCAAUACUGCACAAUGCCGUGCCUCGAGGCAUGGAGCGCGUUCAUGGCUUCCGAGAUGCCAUUGUCCACGCAUGAUUAUCUGCGGAUGUUCGAGGUGUUCUGGCACAGUUACACAUUUCCGUCCCUCCCUAAGGGCACCAGCUCGGAGUUUCUGGAGCAGAUACGGAACUGCAGAUUCUCUCCCAGACCGACGUCAGCUCCUAUGGAUCAAUACGAGGACGAGAUAAGCGUUCCUGUGCCGUCGUCGGGAUCAAUCUCUGUAGAUAUCAACUGCAGCAACGGCCUUCGUAGAGAUGUAAUCCAGGCCUUAGUCGGACCCAAGACUCUAAUCACAAGGAAUGUAGAGGUGCUCGGGUGCCGGUACGAGGACGUCACGGACACGGUUCGCGCUGCGUGUGACGAAGCCCGCUCGACUGGAACCACCGCGUGUGUGAUUGACACAAGUCUGUUGACGCCCUCAGCAAUCCUCUGCUACUCAUCGGAGGUUGUACUUGCCGUCAGAAGCAACUGUGUUCCAGAUCCCUCCUUGAAACCAGAUUUCGAGUGCGAACCAUAUUUGGUGACUGGACGAAUAAACACAAAUGGCACAGCAUGCACAUGCCCAAAUAAUGCGGACCCAUGCACGAUUACUGAGAGCCGGCUGUCAGAUUCGUGGUGGAAAACGCUACCCACCGGUUCCAUUGUCAGUUUGGCUAAUGCAGUAAUCUGGGCAGCCCCUCCAGGAACAUCUCUUUACGGCUUCACAAAUACGGAUGCACACAGAGAUAUUUGUGCCCCCGACCCCUUCCACUAUGUUCUAUGCAAAGAUCCGAACUGUCGGGAAGCAUUCGCUAUCGACAUGCAUGCCUCGUCAGCCGACGAUCGAGAAUGUCAGGAAGCAUGCGCGGCGCUGGUUGUCUCAGGGUGCGCUACUGCUCAGAGCAAGUGGCUAUGCGUGGCACGGGCUCUGUCCAAAUGCUAUACACCAAACACAGAGUCCAUGACCUGUCAAAUCGACAUGUCACCUUACACCUUCUCCGCCGCAGACGGCACGUGCCGAUGCACCGGCAUGGGGUCGCCAUGCACAGUCGAUGAGGCUGAAGUAACACGUCCGGAUUGGAUCGAGUCUUUCCAGGCGCUUGGAGUUGGCGACAGAGAGGGUGUUGUCGUUGCCAAAAAUUUUCGCGCGCUGUGGAUAGGAGAUCCUGAUAAGUGGAAAUAUGAGGCUGGCGUGAAUAAGGGAGCCGGCUGCGUCGCGAACCCGUGGAUCGCUGGUGUGUUUUGUGGAGUCAAAUUAGCGAUCAAACCCCCGGCUCGAGGAGACGCAGCGCCAUUGUGUGCCGAAGCAGUGACGGAUGACCCCGCAAAGGCAACAUCCUCCGCGUGCCGUGUGCACUGCGCAUCGGUCUUCAAGGAGUGCAAACAGAUUGUGUCUCAAGGAUCACCAAUAUAUUCUGUCGCUCUCCAGUGUUUUGAGGCCGCCGCAGCAGCUCAUCCCACUCUAAUGUUCUGCUCCUACCAGAUAGCUCCCGAGGACCCAGACGCAGGCAAGGCUACGCUCGACGCCGGAUGGACAGUGGCGACUACGGAAUGGGUACGGGUUACGUUUGGAGCGGAUUUUUCUGAGCCACCGGUCGUCAUUGUCGGUGUUCCCAGGACGAUUGAUCCGUAUUACAAGACCGUUAUUCGAAAUGUCUCAACCACAAGCUUCGAAGUCAAGCUCCACAGAGACAACUGCACCUUGGCAAAAACCCAAAGCCGCAGCGCGGCUGUCUCCUGGAUGGCUUUGCCAGAAGGCCGAUAUCUUACAAGCAAUGUCCGCAAUCCAGUGAAGGCGGUAAAGCUUCAACUUUCAACUUUCGCGCCGACGUCCAUGUCCCUGACUUUUCGAAACCUCAAAAGUCCUGAGGACAUCGUUGCUGUGGCGCAAAUCCAAAGUGUCGACCCAGCCACAACAGCCACUGAGGGUCUCGGGGUUAUCGUUUCAGUGGUUGAAUCAGACCACGUGGAAAUCUCGCUCGUGGCGAACAAGUCAGUAGACAUUUCGUCUGUGACUGUCGGGCUCCUCGUCAUGGGGAAGCAAGACACCGAACUUGCAGCUGGAUUACCCCCUCUCCUCAACCGUUUCCGCCUCCAUACCUUCCGCGUCCGAAAAGGCGCUUAUUCGGCGUCACAUAUUUUCGGGAAAGACGUGCCUUUCGCGGGGCCUAAUAUGCCCUACAUCUUCAGCACUACGAUCAUAACAAGAUCCACCGAUCAGGUGUUUCAGGUGAGCGACCAGGUGGUGAUAACGCGAAGACCAACGACCGACCCUUUCACCUGGUCUGCGCUGCUGUGGAAGGCGAUAUGCGAGCCUACGCGGCACUUUAAGGCCAUCCCCGACAGUGCGGAUUUGGAGGUCGUCGGAUUUUACAUUGAGGCGAAUUCCGCUGAGCCCACGCCGUCAACACCGGAGCUGGGAGACAUCUGUUCGCUUUUUUCAGCACAAAGCUUUGUCACGACAUUGAAACAGAACUGCGUCAACCUCUGCAAUGAUGGAAAACCAAGUUCGGUGGUCGAACACUGCGAGCAGAAGUGCCGACCCGUCGUGGAUCCCGAGGGUCUCGAGGCAUGCAAACAGGGAUGCGCCGAGAAUAUUGAAGACGAAUUUCAAAAGUGCGCUUCUCAGUGCCAGGACGCUGAUAGUCUGGCAUGCAUAACAUCGUGCGAGGAUGUGAUGGCGAAUCAAUGCCGGUCCGCAAGUUCCAAAGAUGCCAUGAACUGCGUGCUGUACGGUUUGCCCGUUACAGAGCUCGAAGCGUGUGUCUUUAACGAAGCGUACACGAGCGAUCAAACGCCAAUACCGGAACUCCCCGAAGCAGAAGAAGAUAUGCCGAACCAAAGCUAUGCCGACUGCUUUGUGUUGGACAUGCGCCAAGGAUACGAUAGAUUUAUAGGGUGGGACUCUCGAACUGCGACAUGCAAGUGUCCAAACGACUUCGCUGCAUGCACAUCCGCGGCGGUGGACGCGGGGCAUCACUGGCGAACAGAGCUUCUGCGGCCUGACGGGCUCUGCGCGGCCCAGGGUGACGCCGCCUUUAUGGCGUUAGCGCAGCGGUUUCGGUCGACGACUGGAAACUUGUGCGAGUUGGCGAAAAUAGGGUCGCGUAUUACGUGGGAGGACAAUACACUUCCAGCGUACCCUGACCAAGACGUCAAUACCGAAGAUUCCGUUGUCCGAAGCGGAGAAUACGAGUGCAGGAACUCGUGGUUCUAUGUAUUCUGUCCAGCUGACGCAACUUCAACAACGACAGUCGCCCCUACCGUGACGAAGGAGGAGAUAACGUUGAAGACGGCGAUCGUCGGAGAGUGGGGGGAAUGGAGCCCCUGUUCGGGCACGUGCAUUUCGAGCUCGUGGACUCCAAAACGAAUGCGAAAGAGGCAGGUCCUGGCGCAGCUUCCCACCUCAGCGACGCCGGACUUGUGGGAAAUGGAGGACUGCCUUGGCCUGCCCAUAUGCGGCACCGCGUGCUGGGACAGUGAUUGGACUGAGUGGGGAGACUGCGCUGAGUACACCGUUGAUUUGAAAGCGGGGGCGGAACUCUAUCGGCGGCAAGUCAAACACAUUUUCUCGUACUCCGCGGCAGCCUGUGGAAAUGAUAAAUUCGUCAGAUACGAAAAGUGCGAAGAAGAAAUGGCUGAAGUCUACGAAGACGUGUCUGCUAUGGAUACCACCACUAGCCGGGGAGCAGGUCACCACAGAGGUGUGUACGAUGGACCCGAUGGACGUUUGCCCUUUCCGGCGUCGCCCACGCGUGCUUCGUCUUCGUUGAUUCCGUCGGCCGAGCAGCUCUCGUUUUUCGUCGACUCGGCAGACCCGUACGCUAAGCUGACGCAAGCUCGAAUGGGGUUCAUGGACCGGCGACGCUCUCGCAGCCGGUCGGUCUCAGUCGAGGACGGUUCCGGUGCAGCAGUGGCCCAGCCGGAGGGCGUCAAACACAGGGAGCCUGGAGCCAAUCGUCGCCAUUCCGAGGAGCCGCCUGACGGACACAACGAGCCAGGACGACGGCGGGGAGAAACUGAGACAAACGUUGCUCGCCCAGCAGUCGGCCGUGGGGGUCGUAGCCAGGAGGCCCCUGGCCGGGUGGCUUACCAGGUAGACUCAGGCAACAACGAGGGAUUGCUUGCCGCUAUUGAGACAGUAGCUAGUCCUGAUAAGCUACAUGGCGGCGGUCUCGGAGCAGGGGCAGCGUCCGAGUCGGAAAAAGAAGUCGAUACAGCAAGGAGUCACGAGGAGCUGGAACGGGCUGCGCCACUCGUCUCCGACGAGAGACAGGAAGACAAAGGCGAAUCUAGUCGCAACGCUGAGACGGAAAUCGCGAGCCACGCAGCUGCUGCACCUUGGGAUGCCGGGCACGGCAACGUUGCUAUGGGAACGGAGUUGCCGAAGGGUAUGACAGAGCCGGCGCCGGCUGGAGAGCCGGUGGAGCCGAAAAAGGCCCAAGCGAGUGGAGGCCCGCUCACCGCCCCAGCGGCGGACGACACGGUUGCCACAGGGAGUGAGACAGCGGCUUUUGUUGGGCGUGCGAGUCGCGGGCGAAAACGUGCCCGGACCGACAACAGCAGCACCAGAACGCGCCGGGGGACGCGAGCAGCCCGCGCGGGCGUUGUCCCCGUCUGCUCUGCUGUUUCGGCGUGGUCGGGAUGCGACUCACCCUGUGCGAUUCACCAGGGCACCGCAGCUCGUCGAUAUCGCCUUGCGCUUCCUGGGUUGAACAACGCAAGAUACUGCACGCUGCCUGCACUGGACGAUAAGCAUCUGUGUCCAGAUCUGCAAGCCUGUGAAUAUCCUAAAAUCGAUUGUUCUAUGGUCACCGCCGGACGCCAAACAGAAGAAGACGCGACUGAGUGCCAAAUCGUGUGUAAAGCCACUUUUGCUUCCUGCAAGACAAUGAUGACAGGCACAGUGGCGCGGUACACUUCCAUCGAGCAUUGCGUCCUCGUUCGCUUCGCGGAGCAUCAGAGUUACCCCGGCCAGUGUCAACUGACUACCGAAGUUCAGGGAGGGGCCUCGCAUCCUCAAGACACGAAGUGCUUCCCGUCAUCAACGCGCCGGCGAGUCGCGUCUGGGGAGUUUCCAUUCAUUUUUCAGCUUCCUGUGUCCAAGAGGUCGGCCGUGUCUUCUGAUGAGCCCCAAAACAAUUCCGCCGAUGCGACGCCAUCUCUGGUGUCAAUGGGGACAUUCGCAGCCCCCACAAGUGGAGUCGUAAACCCUCUCUCUCCAUCGUGGUCGGCCUCCUCAACCACUGCAUUCAUCGAUUCCUGCGAGUGCUUUGACCCUGACCAUGAGCCCUGUACGGCUCCGGAAGCACGCGAUGCCGCCUACAACUUCCUCUACCCGGCUCUAACAUACCCGUUGUGCGCAGCGACUACCUCAGGAGAAAAAGCGUUCUUCACAAGGGAUGAGCUCACAGGACGAGCGGACGCCUCAACGUACUUUGCCUUGAAAGGCAUGCAGCGCAUUCAUUGCCCCAUCCCCAUGUAUAGGGCACUCAUAGAGGGGAAGGACAGCAAGGUUGUUAACGUCGUCACGUUCUCUAAAUUCGAGUCCAAAGAAGAGCUAAAUAACUUCUGCGAAAAAGGACUCGAAGUGUGGGACAGGAGAGCGUCAAACUCAAUCCGAGAUGGGCCGAUUAUUCCGCGGUGCGAGGCAGCGAGUAGCGUCACAGGUGACGAUAACCUGAACGGUGUUUGCCAGCGCCGGUGCAUACAGUCAAGAACGUACUGCUCGGCUAGAAGCGAGACUGUGACAGAGCUGGCGUCCUGCGUCAAAGACCAACUGAUCAGCCUCGGGUUUCACGAGACCUGCACUACUCCAGAGGUUUUAGCCCCUGGGCGAGGCAUCAUUAUGUGCAAAAGGAAACUGCACAACUGCGUGUAUACGGAGUGGACGGAGUGGUCAGAGUGCAGCCCUAGCUGCUUUGACUGGGCCGAAGGAUUGGUCCCGACUCGCGUCCGGUCUCGCAAUCUUGUCGCUGACGACGAUGUAAAUCCAGAGCAAUGCAGAAAUGGAAGUCGGCAAGGCACAGUUCAAACGGAGGAGUGCACUAAGGUCCCCGUCUGCCACGGAUCCGAAGAUGUUGACAUAGAGGGUAUACCGGUCGUUGAACCAAAGCCAGAGCCUGUGGUACCUGCCUGGUCCGACACAAGGGCUGACGCAGGCGAGGAAGUGGAGGAACGUGACGGCGACCACGCAGCGACGACGGCAGUCAAGUGUUUCCUCGCUAACAUGAGCGACCUCCUCUACGAGGCCGUCCGAGGGUAUGAUGAAGCGUACCGCGCGUGCAAGUGUCCACAAGGUCGAAAACCGUGCACGCGGGCGGAGGCGAUGGCAACUUUAGACAACUGGACCAAGGACGUCGAGGCGGCCUGUGAGCGAGGCCGGUCUGGUGCAAUUGUUCUGAUGGACGGCGACCGCUUUUUCUGCGCCACGGGCUCCUUCGGAAAGGAACAAGCUCCCCUGUCGGAAGCGGCCUGCGGCACAUCAGAGUAUGAUUACGUUUUGUGUGAAGGAGAUCGACCGUGGGAAGAGCACACAGUGACGCGGUGGAUCGUUUGCCUUUUGUUGGGCCUAACGCUGGGCAUCGCCGUGGUCCUUUGUUGUCUACAGUACAGCGGCGACCUGCAGAAACUCGUUGGUUUGGCAGGGAGCUAUCCGCGGCUGGUCCAGGAACUAGUUGCACUCGAAACGCGUGAGAAGGAAAACGCGAAGCGCGGUCCCGAGGCACUCGAUACUUGGUCGCUGUCCAGUCGCUCCGCGUCUCUCAUCGGAGACUUGGGCCGCGAGCGCGCCGCUGCGUUCUCCGCGAGGGUCGACAGUCAGGCAACUGAGCUGCUGCUGGGCGAAGAGGAGGGUCGAGGCACGGCCAGUGAGACGCAGGCGGAGCGGCGCGACAGCGCAGUUUCCUUCAUGGGAGGAAGGCCGUCAUCAAGGGGUUUCAGUAGGCCGCGGAGGCGAAGCACGCAGCUCGGCGGAGCCUCUCGAACGCCGCGGGCUUCGCUUGUCGCUUCACGCGGUCUGGGGAAGCUGACAGGCCUCGGUAGCGGGGCACAAUCUAUCGGAAGUGCUGAGAGGAGUCCGUCGACCUCGCGAGUUUUCCUCGAAGACCUUGACACGGUGGGGAGCUUGUACUCCCGAGCCGUGUUGAAUGACGAAAGUGAGACUUUGACUAUGCUGCCGCACCCCAGGCGACGUUCCGAAGGCAGCAGAUCAGAAAGCAUCUAUCCUAGUGGCCAGGCAAACAUCGAAGGAAGACGUAGGCGCACGACGCUCGGAGCGAGGGCUUCCGGAUUCCUGAGUGGAGCCUCAUCGCGAAAAGGGUCUACAGGCGGUCGCGAAGGCGAGAUCAAGCCGAGCCAAGGCGACGCACGCAGCAAAGACUCAGAUGAUGAUGCGAAAUGA